AUGUUUUGUAUGCAAAAAUCUUAAUUUGUAAAAUAACUAAAGCUGCCAGAUAGAUGAAGCAAAAAGUACAAUAUUGUCCUUUAAGGUGUAGUGGAGUAGAAGUAUCGAUAACAUGAAGAGAAAAGACGAGUUGCUCCAGUACUUGAGUAAAUGUACUUAUUAUUUAUUUAGUCAAAAACCUAAUCAAUUAUGUGAUAAAGAUGACAGCUGAGUCAUUUAGUUUUUUGUUGUGCUGGUUUUGCUGCUUGCAUUUGAGAUAAUACUUUAGAAAUCAGGUCUAAUAUGAUUAAAUUUUUUUUUUUUAGCAACACGCCUUUUUAAUCUCACACCACAAUCUGUAAAAACAUGUUUGAUUGUUCAACAUCGAGAACAAUCAGCCUGGAUUACAUAACUGACAUAUGUCGUCAACACCUAGAAUUUUGCAGAUAACCAGGCAAUAUAAAUUACGGAUGUUUUUGUUGAGUUGACCACAUUCUGACCAUCUGAGGGACUUGCUGUGAAAUCCUUUCUGGGUGUAAGGUAUAGUACGAAAGGUUGAUUCAUUUUACCUGAUACUGUUAAUGAAAACUUUUCCAGUGCGCUUACUCAUGCCUUACCUUAAUUAAAAAUGAUAUAUCCAUGUGUUUUUUAUUCCAAAUAAGUGAUUUUGAUAAAUGCAUUAUUUUUUAUUUUAUUUUACUAGAUUGCUCAUCUUCUUGCAAGAAUGAAGGCCGGUCACAAGUGUCUGCUUUUCUACUUUACCCUGCUCUCUGCCACCUUGUUGUGCCAUGGAAAAGACCCGUUCUUCAAUGACGAUGCAAACCUCAUACUCCCGGGGUCCUACACUAUUCCAUGGAUGGCGGGCAUUCAGGACUUCCGCGACCUCUCUCUCAUCACCUUCCCCGGUUCCCAUGCCACCAUGUCCCUGUACGGAGGCCCAGAGGUGGAAUGCCAGGCCUGGUCCCUGAACAAUCAGCUCAGGGCCGGCAUUCGAUUCCUUGAUCUCAAGGUGUUCGGACUGGGCGACACCCUCUAUGUCAUGCACGGGGUGGUGUACCAGCGCAGCACCUUCAAGCAGGUCCUAGACACUGUCCGAGCCUUCCUGGCAGAGUUUAAGACCGAGGCUGUGCUCAUUAGGGUCGAACCAGAGUCUUUUGAGAAGAAUGAUGUCAAUGAAAUGGUGCAGAGUCUCAUUGGCAACGACCAAAAUGUCUGGGUGGACCCUGGAAUGCCAACCAUGGGUCAGAUCAGGGGCAAAAUAGUCUUUUUACAGAAGAGCACAUUCACACUAGGAAUUCCCUUCAUAGAAACAAACGGGAAAGAUAUCAAAGAGGUUACCGACGUUAAUGAUAAAGACAACAGGAUCAUCAAGCAGCUGAACAUGGCCAACGAAGCUUGUGGGGGUGAUAACGCUAUUCUGACUUACAGCAGCGGCUCUGGCUUCGGUACCUUUACGGGAAUGUUUCUGACUCCAAAGAGAGUGGCUGAAAGGGUUAACCCCUGGCUCAAUCAAUACAUCAGGCAGUUCUAUCCUAAUAAGCCCAGACCAUGCUUUGGUAUCAUUGCCAUGGACUUCCCCGGCAUCGACCUCAUUCAAACUGUUAUCGAUAUCAAUUUGAACUGGUGGUAAUUAUGUACCAUUGUGUGUUUGAGAGGUUGAGGGUUUGAAUCUAAUGGAUCAUUAUCACAUGUUUCCUGUAUCUUUCCCAUUGCUUGUCU